UAGUUUCAGAAUUGAAGCCGAUGCUGUUUUCCCACAAGUUUAUGAGAUCCCUAUUUAAAUAUGUGGUUGUUUCCUUUAGGUUUAAUAAUUUUCUCUUAAUCAAUUGUAUUGUUUGAUUAACAUGUUUAUGAAGUCUUUCAUACCUUAAUGUUACCAAUAGAACACAAGUACAGUAUCAUUUUUCCUCAUCAUACGUGUAUUAGCUUAUGACUACUAACACUAGGAAAUACUUUUCAUACAUGCAUGAUUGAUCAAUCUCAAAUUAUUUGAUGUUGUGAAUCGAAUUCCAUUCGUUGUAACAGGUAGAACAAGAAUUGAAACACACAAUCUUACCCUUUACAUAACCCAAACAUGAAAAAUAACAACAAUAGGGCAGUAUUCAAUUUCAAAGCAAAACUAUGGAAAAAUAAGGAAUACAUCAUUCUCCCUGCACAAAUAUAUCAGAAAUGGAAAGUAGAGUUUGCAGCUCUGUCUCAAUUGUACGAUAAAAAUGGCAAUUUUUUUGACUGUUUUGUUCGAAGCGUGGGUUCUGGGAAGGCUAGGCUAGCAUCUAACUUCAGAGCCAUUCGAGAAUUACACCACAUCAAAAAAACCAUUGAUAUCAGAUUCGACUUUGUGGAUGGAAUGUAUUUGGUUUUGUCACCAACAGGCACAGGUAAACCAAAGAUACCGGUUGUCAACCCCAACCCGAAAGGAUUCCACAAACUUGUUAAUAUGCAUGAGUCGACCAAUGAUAAUUCAUUGGCAAAAGAAAACAACAUAUGGGGGAAGGAUGUACCAUUGUGGGAGUCUGCAGUUUCUAAGUCCAUGGUCAAAGGAGGACAACCCCUUAUGAUCCCAGCCCAUGUUGUGCAAACAUAUCUCGUGAGAAGACCAAGGCAUGUCCAGGUAUUGCUACCCAGUGGGGCAGUGGAAAAUUGGAUGCUAAUUUGGAACGGAAAAAGAAAGUCACAAUGCCAUAUCGGAUAUGGAUGGUAUAAUUUUGCAACCACGGAAUCGUUUUGCGUAGGAAGCAAGAUUCAAUUUUGGGAUGGUGAUUAUGGAAUUAUGCGUGUUACCAUUGACAAUUGUUAAAUUAUCCAGCCAUCUAUUCUGUUGUUUUAAACACUUAAUUAAUUGUUGUUUAAUCGAGAAUACUUGUUUCUUCAUUCA